GCAGAAAUGAAACGAUAGGUCACGAGUGGGGUUUUGAAAAGGCGGCUUUGGCGGUUGAUUUGAAAGGUUUUGAAACGGGCGAAAAUUAAUGCGGAUCCACGGAAUACGGGUAAACCGUGGGGUGUUGGUAUAAUGCGUUUCAACUACCUGUGUACAAAAACCCAAAAUAUCCAAGUGUUAAUUCCUUCACUGCAUACGACAUACCUGUGUUAGCAUUUUCAGAACUUCCUCGUUCCUGCGUCAGAAGUGAGUUGCAAGUAAACCCUAGAAAUGGCACAAGAAGAAGGAGUUAAUGUGAGGGUGGACCCUUUGGGGGAUGAUGAUGGGGAGGAGUUAGCAGCGCAAUACAGGACGGAGGUGCGAAUGGUGGGGGAAACGGUGGGAGAAUCGCAGGCGUCGGUCCUGGUAUUGGCGCCACAGCCACUAAGCCAGGUAGAGCCAGAUCAGUGGCACACUAAGGCGGAUAGAUCCACACUCACGGCGGCGGAUUUGGAGGUGAUUAGGGGACGGUACCAGAUUCCGGCGGAGGUAGAGUUACGGCUGCCAACAUCAGGGGAAAGGCCGUCUACUGUGAGGCCAGGGGAAUUUUCCCUGUACGAGGAGGCGCUAAAAGGGGGGCUGAGGCUGCCACUGCCUCAAGUGGUGGUUGACGUGCUAAAUCGCCUGGAGGUAGCG